CGUCUUCCGUAGGGAUCACCCGGACGACGUUGGGAUGGGCCGGAUCCCGGAACCUGCGACUAGAGCCGACGGCUUCCGGCCGGCCUUUUUAGAACGGUGCACCGACCGAGGCCGGCGGGCUAUGAGAAGGCCGGAGCCAGGCCCGGAGCCGAGCAUGGAGGGGGACGUGCUGGACACGCUUGAGGCUCUGGGGUAUGAUGGUCCUCUCUUGGAAGAACAAGCACUUAUCAAAGCAGUAGAAAGUGGCCUGUCCUCACCUGAAUUUUCAGAGCUCUGCAUUUGGUUAGGAUCUCAGAUAAAACUAUUAUGUGACUUAGAAGAAAGCAUUUCUUCAACAGCCGGAAGUGAAGAUACAGAGAGCUUCCAGCUUGAGAUAAGUGGCUUUCUGAAAGAAUUAUCCUGUCCCUAUUCAACACUCAUCUCAGGAGACAUUAAAGAUCGUUUAAAAAAGAAAGAUGAUUGUUUGAAACUCUUAUUAUUUUUGAGUACAGAACUUCAAGCUUUACGGAUUUUGCAGAAGAAGAAGCUCAAAGGUUCGCAAUUGGACAAAAACAAUGAAAUUUACCAGGAAGUGCAAGCUAUCUGUGAUACCCUGUGCUUACCAAAAUCAACCACUUCUGACAUUCCAGUUGUGCUAAGCCAUGUAGAAUCAAAGAUGAAAGAUAUUCUCUCAAAAGUUCAAAAUAACCACAUAGGAAAACCAUUGCUGAAAGCGGAUUUAAGUCCAGAACAGGCGGAACGAUUGGAAAGGAUCAAUGAUGCUCUCUGCUGUGAAUAUGAAUGCCGGCGGCGGAUGUUAAUGAAGCGAUUAGAUGUUACGGUUCAGUCCUUUGGAUGGUCUGAUAGAGCCAAGGUAAAAACAGAUGAUAUAGCAAGAAUAUAUCAGCCUAAGCGUUAUGCAUUGUCUCCAAAAACAACAAUUACACUGGCCCAUCUUCUUGCUGCUCGCGAAGAUCUGUCCAAGAUUAUUAGAACAAGCAGUGGUUCUACCCGGGAGAAGACUACAUGCGCUAUCAAUAAGGUGCUGAUGGGAAGGGUUCCAGACAGAGGAGGAAGGCCAACUGAAAUUGAACCACCACCUCCUGAAAUGCCUCCUUGGCAGAAGAGACAAGAAGGCGGAGGGAGGGGUGGCUGGGGUGGAGGUGGAGGUGGAAGAGGAGGUGGGGGUGGCCGGGGUGGUUGGGGUGGAGGUGGAGGUGGAAGAGGAGGUGGUGGUGGUGGCAGCGGCGGUGGAGGAGGAGGUGGGGGUUGGGGGGGUAGUGGUGGUGGUAGUGGGGGUAGAGGUGGUAGUUUUCAAGGGAGGGGAGAUUAUGGUGGGAGGGGAGAUUAUGGUGGGAGAGGGGGUUAUGGUGGGAGAGGGGGUUAUGGCGGAAGAGGGGGUUAUGGUGGGAGAGGGGGUUAUGGAGAUCCAUAUGGAGGAGGGGGUGGUGGUGGUGGUGGUGGAUAUCGAAGAUACUAAAAUUCUGUUAUAGAUAAUUAGAUGAUGCCUGUUUUCUAGUAGAAGGAUGUGUUCGGUACUUUUAGGCGUAGUAUUUUAAAUAACAGAUUUGAAUAUGCUCUAUGAAGUAUAUACCCUUUAGACCACCUGAUACCAUCACUGUUGAAUCUGGUUAAUACAUAAAAGCAUUGUUUUUAUAUUGGAUUUUGAUCUCUUAAGGGAAGUGGUCCCUAUAUUCCAUGUAUCCUUGAGCAUGUUGGAGCUUUUUUUCCAAAAAAAAAAAUGAUGAUGAGAAAAUAAAACAAAAAGCUUUUUAAAAAUGUAAAUAUUUAUUACCACUAAUCUUAGAAUAUGGGAAGGGAAGAAUUUUAGUAUUUUCCUGGUCAGAGUUUAGACUCUAAAGUACCUAUAUUUUAUUUAAGUUUGUUUCAUAAAACUGACCCCACUUCCCAUGAAGCUAUAGACUGUUGGCUUCAUCAGUAUUUUUUGUACAUCCUUUGUAUUUGUUAAUCGCCCCCCCCCCUUUUUUUGCCUGGGAAUAAGUAGUCAAGGGGUCCAAAAUGCAUUUAUCUAGUUUUGCUUUUUCUCUACAGGAGGGACUCCAUUCAUCUAUAUUUUUGCUAGGGUUCCUUCUCUAUAGUCCAAGCCUAUUUGUACAUAUGAAAAAAUAGCAGGUUUUUUUCUCUCCAUAAAAUUCCUCCCUAGCAUUUUAAAAUCAUUUUCUGAUUUGAGUUUAAAAUCUUUAGAAUUUUCUUAUCUCACAAAACAAAGUUGAAGUGAAAAUUAUCUUAAAUUGACAAAAGUUACAUGUACUGUCUGUGUAUGAAAGUAUGAAAUAUCUUUCUUUGGCAGAAAGGGAACAAGCCUUCAAAGAAAAUAAUCAUUUUUGCCCCACUGUUAGCCUUAGUAAAGACAAGCCAAUCUGUCUGUCACCUUUUUAAGUAAGGAAUUGAUUGGGCUGAGCCUCUAGGCCAAAUUACUUUAUCUCUUGAUUCUUUAAUGUUAAAUCUGGCCAGAAAUUAUAUUGGAUUGGUAGAUUCACUACAAAUGGACCGAACUGGUUUCAUGAGUAGUGCUACUUCCUGAAGGAAAGAACUCAUUUGUUUGUUUUCUGUAGUAGUUUGGGUGAGAUAGUAGGUUGGGAUAGCUAGCCAGGGAGUUAGCUUGGCACGUCUGCAUUCAUGAUUAGAACAAUGGCCUGAGAAUCUAGAAUCCAGGGUUCUAAUCUUGGUAUUAUAUCCUGGAGGAUUAGAGGGGUAGAGCAAAUGCUCCAUCUCUUAGAAGAAAUUUCCAUGUGUCAUAUGGAGAUGAUAACACCCUGCUACUUGCUUCACAAAUAAUGUGAACAUUAGUGAAAUAAUAUUGUGAAGUCUUUUGGAGCAGUCCCUUAUAUUCAGGGAGCAAAUGGGGAAUGAUAAAUCUCUCCUAGAAAUGGGAUUGUGCUAUCCAAGUAUUUCUCAGGCAGGUUGUGGAACUGGUGUCCCAGCAUAUGCCGAACAACUUUUCAGUCUGUCUAAUUCAAUAGAUACAUAAAUAGGUUGUUAACCAGAGAAGUGAUGUGAUUACUUGUUGAGCAAAUUUUCAAAAGAAGCCAUGGGGUAAAAAUCCUAAGGAAAUGUAAUAACAUCAAAAAAGGGGAUGAUUCUGUAUGCUGCAGUCUUGAAAAUGUAUUUUCAAGCCAACCCUCUGAGACAAGAUAUUUUCCAGAGGAAAGGAAAAUGUAGAAUUUUUUUGAUUGUUAUUUGUGAGUAUUUGUUUAGGGUAUUUUUUGUAUGUUUACAUUUAGCGGACAAAAACACUCAAGUUCUCAUUUGUGACAAUAGAAAAAAUCCUUUCCAUAUUUAAGAAAACACCUUUUAGUAACAGCUGUGAACACUGAAUAAAAUACUGUUUUAAGUUUC